UGGUGCGCGAGCUAUGUGACAGGUGCAACGCGGAGUGCCAGCGAGCUCGCGAGUUUUCCUAUACAAGACUCUAUUUCUCUCUUUUUCCCCCCUCUCACUCUAUCUCUCUCUCUCUCUCUUCUUUAUUCUUCUUGAAACAAACAGUAAAUUUGCCAAAGAUAGAGAAGAUGAUCGCUGACCUCCGUGACCUUCGCUAAAAAAGUCCUGCGACUGACUUUUUAUCUUUGCGUGUGUUGUUUUGUGAAAGCGAGAGAUUAAUUCACGAGGAUGACGAAGAAGGAGGUAGUUAAAGAUGAAACCGACGAUCUUCUACCCGACAAAGAUGCUGCCAAGGGUUUCUAUGCCAAAUACGAGCCUAAAGAAAUCCUCGGCAGAGGUAUUUCAUCCACAGUUCGAAGGUGUAUAGAAAAAGAAACAGGCAUAGAAUAUGCAGCAAAAAUCAUAGAUAUAAGUUGUGAGCCCCAUGAUGGCAUUGAUUCUCAUACAAUGAAAGAUGCUACUAUGCAAGAGGUGCAAAUUCUUCGUAGGGUUGCUGGUCAUCCUUACAUAAUUGAAUUACAUGAUGUUUUUGAAUCAAGCACAUUCAUCUUUCUUAUAUUUGAACUGUGUAAAAAUGGAGAACUCUUCGAUUAUUUGACAUCCGUUGUUACACUAUCUGAAAAGAAAACACGUUACAUUAUGAGACAAGUUUUUGAAGGAGUACAGCACGUACAUAAUCAAGGAAUUGUACAUAGAGAUUUAAAACCAGAAAAUAUUUUACUAGAUGACAAUCUUAAUGUAAAAAUCACAGAUUUUGGUUUUGCUAGAAUGUUGAAAGAAGGGGAAAGACUUUAUGAUCUUUGUGGUACUCCUGGUUACUUAGCACCUGAAGUUUUGAAAUGUAACAUGUUUGAAAAAUCAGAUGGUUAUAGUUUUGAAGUUGAUAUAUGGGCUUGUGGUGUAAUCAUGUUUACUUUGUUAGUUGGGUGUCCACCUUUUUGGCAUAGAAAACAAAUGGUUAUGCUUAGGAACAUUAUGGAAGGAAAAUAUUCAUUCACUUCACCUGAAUGGGCUGACAUUACUGAUGCACCAAAAGAUUUAAUCAGUAAAUUGUUGGUUAUUGAACCUACAAAAAGGAUUAGUAUCAAAGAAGCCUUAGACCAUUCAUUCUUUCACACAGUACUGUGGGAUCAGGAUAUCGCUCCCUUAAAACGCUCACUGUCCUCUAAUUCACGACGACUCAGUCGGAUAUCUCAAUUAGCUUUGGAAUUGAAAGCCAAAUCAUUCAAUGCAAGGAAGAAAUUCAUGCUUGGCAUUCUUUGUGUUCGAGCAGUCAUAAGAAUUAAAAGACUGCAUAGUACCCCAGAGCCGCUGUCUAUACAUGUGGCUUGUUCAGAUCCGUAUAGACUCAAGGUCCUUAGAAAAGUCAUUGAUGGAUGUGCCUUCCGCGUUUAUGGUCACUGGGUCAAAAAGGGAGAAGGCCAGAACAGAGCCGCUCUCUUCGAAAAUAUGCCUAAAACGGAAUUGAAACAUCUUUAUGUCAGUAACUUAAGCAGAUAGCCAAACUUAAUACGAGCGUGCUUUUUUAUAAAUUUUUUAAACGCUCCUAGAAACGAAUAUUUAGUUGAUACUCGAGAAAAAACUCACUAACAGAUUCAUACUUUUACGAAAAAGUCCUGCAACUAUAAACUCUUUCUUUUUAUUAAAACUAAAUUAAUUAUUUUUUUAUUUUAAAUUAUUUGGAAAUAUUUCUGUUUGAAUAAUUCCCAAUAAAAAUUGUUCUUUAUGUUUUUUGAGGUGAAGCUUUUAGUAGAAAUUUAAUAUAAAUCACAAUUGAUCUAUAAAUAUAAUUCAAAGUAAUCGAAACACCAUUUAAAGAAACGUAGCGUUUUUUUGAAACCAAUGAUUCGUUAAUAUGGUUUAUCUGUUGCGUAAAUUAAAAUUACGAUUAAUUAUAAAAAAAUAUAUUACUUGCAGACAAUAUUUUUUUAUGGGUUUAAUUAAUAAUGGUUCUGUUAAAACGUACAAAUUUUUAAAUAGCGUAAUUAAAUUAAAAAAAAUAUAUAAUAUGUUUAUUGCUUCUAUUGCUAUCUAAUGUUAAAAAUGAUGCCUUCACGCUAGAUUACGAUAAUAAUUAGAAUACUGUUUUGUGAGUUUUUUAUGUAGUCAACUGAGAAACAAUUUCGUUAACAAGGUCGUAGUAGCAAAUUUGAAAUAUUUCGCUAUUUAUUAUUUAGUGUAGAGUUGUAAUACUUAAAGUUUGUGUGAUUCAUGUAAGGAAUAGUACACUUCAAAUUAUUGUGAGAGUAUUCUUGUUGCACACUUACUGAUACCAUUGAGUAGUAUGUUUGAAAAACAUUUAUUAGAAAAAUUAAAAGCUACUACAUUGCGCCCUUCACGGCGAUAUAAUUUUGAAAGAAUCAUAAUUUUUAGAAAGCAAAAUAGCGCAAAAUGUUGAAAAUAUUUUUCGAAUAGUAUCUUUGUAAAGUUUUAUAAAGUCACAACAGAGAAAGCGUGAUUUUUAUUAGUAAAAUUUUUAUAUAAAAAAUUGUUACAAAUCUUGUUAAUACGCAAACUGUAAAUUUGUAAAAUAAAAUACUUGAAAUUUAU